UUUUCGCUACAAAUUUGCUCUUUGAUUUUAUGAAAAACUAAUCCCUCACCAAAAAUGGCGGUUGCGUCUAUGAGUUUCAACCUAGUCGGAGCUUUCAGAGGCAUGUCUCUGAGCUCAAGUUCUUCUUCUUCGUCCUCCGCUUUCUUCAGAGGUGACUUGGGCUCCCUACGUUUGGGCCCAAAGCUGUCACUGUCUACCACCCAACGGAGAUUGCCGCUGACGAUUCAAAACGCCCACAAGAAAGGAGCUGGGAGUACCAAGAACGGUCGUGAUUCCAAAGGCCAAAGGCUCGGCGUUAAGAUUUACGGCGACCAGGUCGCCAAGCCUGGCUCCAUCAUCAUACGUCAGCGUGGCACCAAGUUCCAUGCGGGGAAGAAUGUGGGGCUUGGCAAGGACCAUACGAUCUUCUCUUUGAUAGAUGGUUUGGUCAAGUUUGAGAAGUUUGGACCGGACAGGAAGAAGGUGAGUGUUUACCCUCGGGAGAUACAGCCAGAAAAUCCUAACAGCUACAGGGUUAGGAAGAGGGAGAACUUCAAGCUACAACGUGAGAAAAAGAAAGCAAGGAAGGAAAGGUAUAUCCUUCAGAACAACCCACAACUGGUUCUUGCAUCUGCUGAUAAUGGAGCAGAGAGCACUCCUCUUUGUUGAUUCUUGCUCAUCUCCUAUAUGUAUAAUUUUGUAUUCAAACCAGAGAAGUCGUGUUGUAUUAAGCAUGCAGAUUUUAGGCCCCUUCUGAUGUACUUCUCACUUCUAUGAAAGACUACUUUUAGGUGCAAUGGUCUAUAGCGGC